UUCUGCUUCAUCGGUAAUGGGGCUUCGUCACUUGGAAUCAAAAACUCUGCGGCUUCUCGGACUGUCCCUGCAUUGAUGUCAUCGCUGUGACCCCCAUGGACAUCCAGCAGCCGCCGUCAAAGUCCAGCCGUCACCUAGAUAGAGAGAGGAAACGAGCGGCUCGAGCGUGCGAUGGCUGUCGCCGCCAGAAGGAGAGGUGCGAUGGAGGUGUGCCGUGCCGGCGGUGCUUCCGGCUAGGCCGCCCGUGCGACUUCACGGCCAGGGCGUCUGCCGAUGCCGAUUCCCAGGCCGGCUCAGGCGUGCGCCCGGCAGCAAUAGCAAGGCGGAAUCGUUCUGACAACCACCAAAGACCCCGCCCAGCCGAGAGCGCGGCUGACCAGGCCAAGCGCCUAGAAUACCUCGAGAGGAUUGUCCAGGGCUACGUUGGCAGCAAGGAUGCGCUUGACCUCGACGCUCUCAAGGACCUGGCCGAGGCCACGGACAAGCGCCGGGACUCCUCUCGACCGGUUGAUAUCUCGUCACAGAGCUCCGAAUUCGAUGGCGUGGACGAGAAGUUUGAGAUGCGACCUCUCCAUGGCAAUGUUACACAUUAUUCCGGCGAGUUUUCACACUGGAACUUUUCCAUGCGCAUAAAGAAGUGGAUCGACCAAACAGUUACAAAUGAUUCUUUAAAUCAAUCGUCCAAGUCUGCGACGGCAUUCAAGGAAUACUAUCGCGCCGAGGAGCUUCAGUCAAACUCAGAAAUUCUAGGAUCACUAUCAUUAUUACCACCGAGACCUAUCGCCGACUUCCUAGUCUAUUCCUUUUUCAAGCAUGCGCAGACCAACUAUUUCUUCGUUGAACAAGACUGGCUCAAGGCCAAAUUGAAUCUUGCUUACGAGAACCCUGCAUCUUUCUCUCGGAGAGAUGUGGGAAUAAUCGGCAUUAUUUUUGCUACUUUCGCCAUUGGAACGCAGUUUGCUUAUCUCGAAUCCUUGGUUGAAGGCGCCGAGAACCCCACAGAGAAAGGGGCGGGAGCCUUCUCGGAGGAUGCAGUUGGAAUACUCUUCUAUCAGCAAGCGUGCAGACUGCUUCCAGAUGUCAUUACAGUAUCCUCAUUGGAGAGCGUGCAGGCUGUCCUAUUGCUGGGUAUAUACACUCUGCCAGUGGAUGCAUCUGGAUUGGCUUACAUCUAUCUAAAUCUGGCCCUGAAGCUUGCGAUACAAAACGGCAUGCAUAGAAAAUAUCCUGUCGAAAAUCGGGAUGUGCGCAUUGUCGAGACCAGGAAUCGAGUGUGGUGGAGUGUAUACACGAUUGAGAAGCGUGUCGGAAUCUUCCAUGGAAGGCCAACAUCUAUUUCAGGCACUGAUGUGGACGCCGAUUAUCCCAUUCAUCUCCCCGAACUUUGGUCAUCAACCUCACCAACCGAUACUGCACAUCUCCUGGCGACUUUUGAACUAAAUCAAAAGCUCAGCAGAAUGUCUCAAGAGAUAACUAUACUACGGUCUCUACCCAAGCAUGACGUUCCAGAAGGCCUGAAGAGGCUCUUGGGGCUGCACCGCGAGCUUAAAAGCUGGUGGGAAUCUCUGCCGAAUGACAUUUUUUGCAAAGAAUUUACAUCUCAGUCGACAAUUUCUCGCCAACAUAUGCACCUGCACCUGGAAUAUUGCCUUGUACGCAUGUUUGUCGGCCGCGUUUUUAUCUUCCCUGAGGCAGGAUUCAAGGACGGCGCCAGUCCAGCUACAUCUGCCAAUGGGCCCUCCAGUGCGUCGCUGAGCAGGAAGGGUACUCGUUCGACCUUGGUUGCGGACUGUACUGAGGCCGCACUGUCAAUCAUAGACACGUGUCGCUCUCUGCGCAAUAGCAUUGGCCUUGCUCGUGCGUCUUAUACUGAAUUCAGCUCUUGUCGGGCGGCUCUUUUGGUCAUUACCACGCAGUGUCUUUCUCAAAAAACAUACAUGUUCCGACAGGCUUUACGGGAUGGGCUAUCUAUGCUCAAGGAAAUGUCAACUGGCAGCCAGUCUGCACACUCCGAAACAUCACUAAUAGAGGCAUUCGAACAAGCUAUAGCCAACAUGAAUGCACAGGAACUGACAGCCAGCUCUAUGGUGAGCGAGUCCGAAUAUGCGAAAUUCAAAAAGUGGGAGCAACUUUGGAAGAGCGACGCGCCUAUAGCGGAAAUGGUUGAGAGAGGUGUUGAGAGCAAGCCAGUGCCGAUGGUGCCGCCGGUGAUGGACCAGCCGAGGCAUCUGGGAGAAGCUCCGAAGGAAGAACCCUCGAUGAUGCCAUCAGGCACUCCAUUCUUUGGCGUAGACGGACACUUUGCGUCAUUUCCGCAGAGUCUGGAUGACUUCUCGGCAUUCUUUGGAAAUGAGUUUGGAAAUAACAUCGAUUCGGGACAUGGAUGAAAAACGCAGCUGGCGAUAAGGGAACGAAUUUAACCAAAAAGGAUACCGAAGAUGCCUCACGUCAAGUCGCCCAUAUUUGUAACACGACAGGAAACAGAGCUGGAUGAUGAUUACAGUGGUGGACUAGAACAGUGAACAGACAACCUUACUGCAGGGCCUGCGGUACAACCGCCAUGCCGGCUUUUGCACAAGGCUAGGUAUCUGAAGGGAGAGUGCUGACGGUGGCUGGUUCAAACAGCAGCCGCCGCCAUUAUAAGACAACAAGGGCUACGGCUCGCCAGCCUAUAAUUAAUCAU